AAAAGUUUCAGCCCCUCCAGCUCCUCCAGCUCCCUGGAUGUUUUUGUUGGGAGAAAAGUCGCUGGAUGUUUAGGUCGUGCGAAAGUAGCGGCGUCCUCCCCGUUUUCCGCCGCUCGGUAUCCGAAAGGAACCCGAGUUUUGCCACCUUUAAAGCCUCAGAGCGAGCGGAGUUUGUCCGCUUUGGCGGAGUGAAAACCCCCGAGAAAAGGAGCGUCCUCCCCGCUAGCCCCGCAGCUAGCCCCCGCUAGCCCCGCACUCUCCACGGUCCCAGCUCUCCCGGAGACUCCCGGCUCACACGGCCACGGAACAGGGGAAAACAGGCGCAGACAUGGCGGAAACCAAGAUAAUUUAUCACAUCGACGAGGAGGAGACGCCGUACUUGGUGAAGAUCCCCGUGGCCGCCGAGAGCAUUACCCUGCUGGACUUCAAGCAGGUCCUCAACAAGCCCAACUACAAAUUCUUCUUCAAGUCCAUGGACCAGGACUUUGGGGUGGUGAAAGAAGAGAUUUCUGACGACAGUGCCAAGUUACCAUGUUUUAAUGGCAGAGUGGUGUCAUGGCUGGUAUCUUCAGACACUCCCGCUCCAGAGGCUCCGGUGGCCGUGGUCCCCCCUGUGGAAACACCUCUGCAGCCGUCCCCACCUCCUCCACCUCUCCCACCCCCACCUGCAGAGAGGACCGGGGGCAUCGGGGACUCCAGACCGCCCUCCUUCCAUCCCAACGCUACAGGCAGCGUGGAGACGCUGGACGAGCAGACAGAAACAGAGUCUGUAGUUUCCUUCAGGAGAGAGAGGCCUCGUCACAGAGAGAGCAUGGAUCAACAUGGGCCUCGUAUGAACGGCCAGACUCGUCUGGAGCGCCACCUGGCAGGGUACGAGAGCUCCAGCACAAUGAUGAGCAGCGAGUUAGAAACCACCAGCUUUUGUGACUCUGAGGACGAUGACACCAUGAGCAGGUUCAGCAGUGCAACAGAGCAGAGUACGGCCUCGAGGCUUCUCAAACGGCAUCGUCGGCGGAGGAAACAGCGCCCCCCGCGUCUGGAGAGGGCUUCAUCCUUCAGCAGUGUGACGGACUCCACCAUGUCCCUGAACAUCAUCACCGUCACCCUCAACAUGGAGAAGUACAACUUCCUGGGCAUCAGCAUUGUGGGCCAGAGCAACGAGCGAGGCGAUGGAGGCAUCUACAUAGGCUCCAUCAUGAAGGGAGGAGCUGUGGCUGCGGACGGACGCAUCGAGCCCGGUGACAUGCUGCUGCAGGUGAAUGACAUCAACUUUGAGAAUAUGAGUAAUGACGAUGCAGUGCGAGUUCUCAGAGAGAUCGUACACAAGCCGGGGCCCAUUAUCCUCACAGUGGCCAAGUGCUGGGACCCGUCUCCUCAGGGUUACUUCACUCUGCCCCGCAGCCUGGCGGGGGGUCUCGUUGGCCUGGCGGCCCCGCCAGGCCUAUACAAUGACGAGCCGAUCCGACCCAUUGACCCGGCAGCAUGGGUUAGUCACUCGGUGGCCAUGACGGGGGUUUACCCUCCCUACCCCGGCAGCUCGUCACUCAGCACCAUCACUUCCACCUCCGUCACCGAGACCGAACGUUUCGAUGACUUGAACUUAUCGCUGCACUCUGACAUGGCAUCAGUCGCCAAAGCCAUGGCUUCGCCAGAGUCUGGUCUGGAGGUUCGGGACCGCAUGUGGCUUAAAAUUACCAUCCCCAACGCUUUCCUUGGUUCAGAUGUGGUGGAGUGGCUGUUCCACCACAUCGAAGGCUUUCAGGACCGCAGAGAAGCCAGGAAGUACGCCAGCAACCUUCUGAAGGCUGGCUUCAUUCGACACACCGUCAAUAAGAUCACCUUCUCUGAACAGUGCUACUACGUGUUCGGAGACUUAAGCGACUGCGAAAACUAUAUGGCUAAUCUGUCCCUGAACGAUAACGACGGCUCCAGCGGGGCCUCGGACCAGGACACCCUGGCCCCUCUGCCGCUCCCUGGCGCCUCCCCGUGGCCCAUGAUGCACACCUUCCCCUACCAGCCCUACCCCACACAUCCCUACUCCAGCCAGCCCCCUCCCUACCACGAGCUCAGCAGCUACAGCUUCGCCCCCGGCAGCACGGGCAGCCAACACAGCGAAGGGAGCCGAAGCAGCGGCUCGACAAGAAGCGAGGGUGAGCGACAUCGCAACAGUAAAGGUCCAGGCAGCACCGUGGGCGGAGGAGAGAAAUCCCCGUCCGCCGGAGGAGGAGAGGGCGGCGGCGGCGCUGACUCUCGGUCCGGCAGCGGCAGCGAAUCCGAAUAUUCCACCCGCAGCAGCCUGAGGCGCGGCCACGGCUCGGCCGCCCCCAGCGAGCACAGCCACGCCUCCUCGCAGCGCUCGCACCACCACCGGCUGCCCCAGCCGCCCCACAUGUCCCCCUACCCGCCGGGCAUCCUGCCCUACAACCCCAUGAUGGUGAUGAUGGUGCCGCAGCACGCACACCCCGCCAUGGCGGCCGCCCACACCCUUCAACACACUCCGCAGCUCCCCACGGUCCCCAUGCACCCGGCCCUGGCCCCGCCCCCGUCCUCCGUCCCGGGGGGCCCCCCCGGGGCCCCGCCCACCCGUGACCUGGGCUCCGUUCCCCCAGAGCUGACUGCAUCCCGCCAGUCCUUCCACCUAGCCAUGGGCAACCCCAGCGAGUUCUUCGUGGAUGUCAUGUAGUUUUUGCCCGUUUCUCCUUCCUGUGAAGUUAGUGUACAGUUCCCACUUGUCACGACGAGGAUCUGCUGGUAGCUUGAGAUCACGGUGCCUAUUGGAUUUCGAGGGCACUCGUUACAAAUUUGGUGAAACAGGGUUUUUAAAAUUGCUAAAAAACAAAGACACAAACAUUAAAACGUGAUUGAAACUGGGAAUGAUCUGAGUAACGUUGUCAAGAAAAAGAGUAUAAUUUCUCUCACAAAGCUCCACCCCAGAGCCGUGCUUUCAGUGCUUCCACCUUGAAGUAGUGUGCAUGUUUUAGAUUGUUUUUUAAAUUUAAGCAAAGCCUUAGCACCGUAUUUUCAGUGCCUGUCGGAGCUGCUCAGCACUCCUCCAAAGAGAUAUCUAACCUUCACAAAUCCAACGCUUAUCUCGGAUCACCCAGAAACUACAUAGACCACAUCUUAAGACUAAAGGUACCAAGUACAUGAUGUACUUGGAAAAAAAAAAAGAUACAAUUCUGCAGUGCAGUAUAUCUGUAUAUCUGAAUCUGAGCGCCAGGUUCUUUGGCUACAAUAUCCAGUGCCUUACUCUUUUUUCUGAUUUAGAGACACUUUCACACUCCAGGUACAUUAAAAUAAUUCAUUUUUUCCCCCACAUUGUUUGACAAUGAACCUUUUCUGUACAUAACUACUACUCCUAUGUAAAGACCAAGCUCUAAUGUGAAAAAAAAAGGUCCAAAAAACGUCAGGGGGACUUGUGUUUAGUAAUUAGUGCCUAGACCUAGUCAUCAAACAACUCUGUUCUCUGAAUGUGAUUGUAAAGGCUUGAUGGGACUUUAGGUACUAGUCGGUGAAAAGACAAGAGGCUGAAAGUGGUACUUUUUGAUUACAUGCAGUGUAUAUCCUAGCUGUGAUCCAAAUGCCCUGGCUCCCCAUGCUUGUUUUUAUGUUACUGACUUGCAUUAUUCACCCAUUUCUUUUUGUAUGCGUGACUAUAUAAAUCAUGUAUAACCCAACUAAUAAGGUGCUAAACAAAGAGUCAACUUUCCAGAAUGACAUUGGCAUUGUCACAUUGUUUGAUUGCCACUUUUGCUUGUGUAUUUGAGAAUAAAUUUGAUACAAACUGA